CAUCACUCAGCACUCCUCAGUGAUUGGUUACUGUCUGUGUAUAGCUCGGCGCUGUACCUUUCAACAAUGUUCCUGUCCUGAAAAGAGUAACCGCGACCAGGUUCAGCCAUGGAUCUUGUGUUGAAUGUGGCCGACCACUACGUCUUCACGCCGUACGUGUACCCGGCGUCGUGGGCCGAGGACGGCGCCCUGCGGCAGAUCCUCAGCCUGUUGGUGGUGACCAACCUCGGGGCGGCGGCCCUCUACUUAAGCCUGGGGUCCCUCAGCUACUACUUCAUCUUUGACCACGACCUCAUGAAACAUCCGCAAUUCUUAGAGAAUCAGGUUCAGAGGGAGAUCAAAUAUGCAUUGACCUCUCUGCCGUGGAUCAGCAUUCCCACCGUCGCCUUGUUCUUCGCCGAAGUUCGAGGAUACAGCAAAGUGUACGACAAUGUCCACGACUCUCCGUUGGGGUGGACUGGGCUCUUCCUGAGUAUGAUCUCCUUCCUGCUUUUCACCGACAUGUGCAUUUAUUGGAUACAUCGCUUCCUACAUCAUAAACUAAUUUACAAGCUCUUUCACAAACCGCAUCACGUGUGGAAGAUCCCGACGCCGUUUGCUAGUCACGCCUUCCACCCAGUAGACGGCUUCAUGCAGGGGCUCCCGUACCACAUCUACCCGUUCCUCUUCCCGCUCCACAAGGUGCUCUACUUGGCCCUGUACGUCUUCGUCAACAUCUGGACCAUCUCCAUCCAUGACGGCGACUACCGCGUCCCCAGUGCUGUGACGGGCGUCAUCAAUGGAUCGGCGCACCACACCGACCACCACCUGUUCUUCGACUACAACUAUGGCCAAUACUUCACGUUGUGGGACCGCCUGGGCGGCUCCUACCGCCACCCGUCGGCUCUGAUGGGCAAGGGUCCCCACGAACUGAUCCGCAGGCUUCGGGCGGAGGGCAGGUUAGAUGGCGGCAAAGCGAAUGGACCGAGAGGAGUCAUGUGCAAAGAGGAGUAAGAAUUGCUUUUUCUGAAGACAAUCAGUCAAGACAAUCAGUAAUCCUUCGGAAAUCAUACAAUAAUUAGGGUUCUUGUACUUGCCAAAUAAGGAGUUGCUGAGCAUGAUACGACCAGUUGUUGCCAUUUUGAAGUGGAUUUUGGCUUGUUAUUGGCCUUCCCUGUCUUUUGGUUAGCGUUUGAAAAUAGGAUACAGAUCCUAUAGGAUACAGAUUUAAGCAGACUGCAACUUUAAUCCUUGUUCUAGGUUCUGAAAAUGUACAGUACUGUACUGUGCUAAAGUGUUAGUCCACCAUGAGAUUUGUGGUUUAAUGACCUUUUGUAGGACAGCUACAGUUGGGGCAUGAGUGUACCCAAAACACAAAUUUCCAUUUCCAAUUUUGGGCAGGUGGGAAAACCUCUGCUCCUUAAUGCGCCUUUGCUUGUCGCACGUGUCUGUUUUGUCAAACAAUUUGUGAUGUUCAGAAAAUCGGAAUUGUACUGUUCACAUUGACAUAAAAGCUCAGAUACAUGUCACAUUGGGCCCAAAAAAUAUGAAUUGAUCUGCAGUGUGAACAUAGCCAAAGAUACCUGCAUCCAAUUGGGGCUCAUUUGUAAAAAUUCCCAAGUAGGAGUCUGUCAAAGUACGAGCCGUGGAAUUUGCUUCUAAAUGGUUGCUAUAAACAGAAAUGGCCUCCUUCCUGAUCAAUUUUAGGCAGUCCCCCAGAUUCGUCAUGGGACAAACCACGAGGUAGCUUGCUAACUAGAAAAAUAAAGAAAAAAGCUACAAGUAGCGAUGCACAGGCAAUUGUCUGAUGCCAUGCCCAACUGACAAGCAUACUUAUGUCUGAUUGGGGAUCAUUUGGGUGAAUUCGAGGAUCAUUUGGGCGAAUUCCGUAGUUGAAAUUCCUCAAAAUACGAGCCAGAGAAUUUGCCUAAAAUGGCUGCUCGAUAAAACAAAAUGUCUGACUCUGUCUGUGACCUUGAGACUUUUUCGUCCGUCGUGUUAUGAUAGACAUGUCCACCCAAUUUCGUGUCGACAGGUGAAACUAGUGUCGGCUAAUUUUAUCUUUCCAGCGGGCACUACUGAAUGUGUGGAAUCUGGUAAACUGACUCAGUUCUCCACGAAUCCUUUCAUCAGUUCAGCCUUGUGGAGCUCUGCCCUUUCCUGAGUAAGUUCUAUAUGGUCUUGAUAGCAUUGCUAAAACAUCUAGUAGUGGUCUAAGACAUUUGCAGGGUUGCGUUCUGAGCAACCUUAUCUCAAAAAUGUUUUUGACAUAAUCACAAAAAAAAAAAAAAGCACUUUAGACCUUGUGGUUCAUAUUCUAUACUUUAAAUACAAGCCAGAAGAGUGAAGAGUUGACACAGCUGCAGUUACUAUUUGUGUAAUACUGUAAAGCCAAAUUGCACAUGAACACCAACCAAAAUAGCAGCUGAACGUGUGAACUGAAUCCUGAAUUGUUAGGCUAAAGGUGCGGCAUUAAAUCCGUCUCAGCAGAAGAACAUGGGUGUCCAGAGGAAGGACCGCAUGGCCACUCCCGCCGCUGUACCUGCCAGUAAUCCCAUGGCUAGGUGGUCAAACACCCCGUCAAACGGGUCCCUCUGAACAAUCACCUGGUGGGUGCCUGAGGAAAAAAUGACAGCAUGAAGAAGAAAUAAGCACAUUGAUGGGCAAAACUGGGCUUUGAUGCUGCAUUUCAGACUGCUUGGAAGUGGGGAAAUCGGAACUUCUGAGGCCUGACCUCAAAGCGUUUGAGUUCAAAGUAAACAUGGCUGGAGACCGUGAUAAGCGUUAAAAAGCUUGUUUCAGUCAAGGUGUGUCACAUCAAGACAGACACUUCACCAAACACAUGCUUGCAUGAUAUUCAAAAUCACAAAUUGAGCAACAUGCUAUUUUUGGUGUUCGGAUUCAUCAACCAAAAUCUCUCAAACUACAAGUUCUCACUUUAAGCUCUUUUGCACACAGCAGACUGUACCUGGUCCUGCUCCAGGCGUCACGUAAACCGUGUGAUAGUGGCUGAGGGGUAUGGCCUGAUAGGAAUCAUCAUAGGGGUCGUACAUGAACACCUAGGGGUGAGAAAACAUGGUCUCGAAUCAGACAUUUUAUAGCCCCCAAAUAACGAACCUAAUAAGGACGUGGAUCUCACCGAGUUCCUCCUGGUCUCCAGCAUGGUUAGUUUCCACGCGCUGAAAGAAGGGAACAACACAAUGGAAGGCGAUGGCGGCGUUUGUUCUUUUUCAUGUCCGGUGAAGUCUUAGUGGGUGGUUGUUUUUGUCAUUGCCUUCUCUAUUAACUCUACCGAGAAAAUAGCUCGGGCAGGAACAGGAAGGAGAACCCGAGAAAUUGUUUUGCGGGGCAACAUGUCGAUGAGUCUGCCACAAGGCAAAUCGGCAUUCUGUUAAAUACUGGGCAGGCACCUCAUUUACAACAUGCGUUAAGACCUCACACUUUAAAUCCACCUGAGAGAUUGUGUUUGGGUGGGCGCUCCUGUUUUGGUUUGCGACAGAGUUCAAAUGAGCUUGGCAGUUAAUACUUUCAUGUCCAUCUUUGAGCACCAGUGUGAGACAAUUACAGUUAAUACCUGUUUUUUCCCCCCACUUAUGAUUUAUUAAACUUCAGCUUUACAGAUGCCAUGUCUAUUUAGCAGGUUUGUGUGUAUAUGUGUGCAAUUAUGACACCAUGUAAGCUCAUUGACGGCUAUAGAAGUCAAAUAUUCAUCCUAACUGGAAGGGCUUGUAGUGAAUGAGUUAAUGCAUGCAGGGAGCACUUGUACGAAAUGUGUUAAAAUGCUAUACUUUAAUCCUUUUUCAGUAGGUGCCGCUGUUUUGGUUAGCGAAUAAUUUUAUGUUGGUGUUUGAGAGCUUUACAGUUACAGUAAUACCUGGACUCUUUUAUGUCCUUGUUUGAACUCUUGCGCAGGAGAGCUUUACCGUUGAUAGUUUUUGUUUGUUUUUCAUCUGAGGGGCUGCUUUCAUGUUUGAUGUGUGCUGCUGUUUUGGUUAGCAACAGAGUUCAAAGGAGCAUAUUAGUUAACUCUUUUGUGUCCUUGUUUGAACUCUCAGGCUGGAGAGCUUUACAGUUAAUAGUUGUUGGGGGUUUUUCAUCUGAGAGACAUUUUCAAUAGGUGCUGCUUUUUUGGUUCGCAACAGAGGUGAAACGGGCUUUGCGAUUAAGUCCACGACACUUACAUGGACUCGUCCUCGCUGUUGGCGCACAGGUUCAUCGUUGAGCCGCCCUUGAGCUGCACGACAAUGACGUUCUCCUGGGGGUUGGUUUCAGGAGGCGUCACCCCUAAGAUCAAGCCCACCCGACCCCCAAAUAACAUUUUUAACACUAAGCUGCCACAGGAGACGAAUAAAUGAGUGCUUUACCUCGACAUUCUAGGCCGCAGCGCACAUCUAUGCACGUGAGCUUGAGGUUGACGCGUUGCUCCAGCUCUCGCCGGCUGUCACUCUUGUAGCAGCAAAGACUGCCGUCCACCCAGAGGUCACACCAGUUCAACUUCCAGCGCUUCAACACAGAAGCUAGACGCCGGGAAACACAGUCGAUCAUCCCAAUAAUAAGCAACACUCGGUCUGUUAUCAUGAACACCUGAUGUAUGUACUCACUCUGUCUCCAAAGCCAGCCUGACCUCAUGAGCGCCAUGUUUGUCAAUUGCGGGCCAAACACAGGCAAAAGAACAAGAAUUGGAUGAUUGUUUUUUUUUUCCCGUUUUUUUAAUCACAUACGAUGCAACGGACCGUGUUCCUGUGCGUUUAUUUUGCAUCUGACAGAUUAUUCUUUCUCUGGUCACGGUUGAGUCACAGGAUAAUUCUGGAUUAGGCAAGCACUUCCUUGGACACACCCCUUUUUCUUCCUACUUCACCUGGAUUUAUUUACCCUCUUGGACCGACACACAAACUUGGAUUAAAUAUUUGUGUUAGACAA